AUGCGGACCAACCAGCCAGACUCCACCACAGAUGGCCACCCGCCCUCCACGGACCUUGUCCAACCAGCGUCGGCCGUCCCUGUCCCGAUCCCCGACGGGGGCAACGGCCCGAUCGGCGAUACGUCGUCUGUGCCCGCCGCCCUCGAGACAUCAAGCAGUUCUGGGUUUCCCGGCCACGGUGACUUCAGUCUCUCCUUCCUAGAGGAUCCAGCCAUUCCCGCACUCGGCUACCCGACGACCUACCAAACGAUAACAGCUCCCCCAGAUGCCUACAGGCAAGCACCGGACCCUCAUGUCGCGGACAAUGGCAUAGCGUCUGUGAUCGAUGGUUCUUGUGCCGGGGCCGUGUUCGACAUAUCCGAACCCAGCAUAGCCCAUCAACCUCAAGAUGUCCAGCUACCCCAUGGUCUUGACAUGAAUUUCGCCACCUCGGACCUCGCUGGCUUCGAUCCCAUCGGCUUCAGCUUCGAUCCAGCCAUUUUCAGCUUCGGUUCCCCAGAGGAGAAUCCAGUCGCACUUCUGCCUGCCGAGGACUCGUCGAUCCGGCAUGGCAUCGGUAACAGUGGGCCACCCAGCCCUCCUCUCCUGUGCGGCUUCGACGAUGUGGGCAGUUCUCCAAAUGGGGAAGGAUUGGCGCAGUACUCUGGCGACAACUCGGUCACCGAUUCCUCUCUCGCCGGACGCGACAGCCACUCACCCUCCUGGUCGGCCGCCCGCUUCAACACCAGCUCUCGUGUCGACGCCAUCGUCCUUAAACACGCAUCCCCCUCCCAAGAAGAAUAA